GCUGAAUCCUAUGUGUCUAAGAUUUUGAGGCAGUGGUUACAGGAUGAUGCUCGACACACUGGUGAAUCUCCCUCAAUUGAUUGGUUACCCUUACCUCCACCCGUACCUCGUCCGGUUCGCAAAUUCACGCCAGCUGUAGCGUCUGGUCUCUUGGGGUUAAUUCGCUGUCCAACCUUCGUUCGUCUACUGCGCGCUUUGCUGGACGUUGCUCUGGAUCAUGGAACAAGCGCGAUUUGGUGGUCUGAUACUCUUCUCGACUUGGUGCUUCAUCUCAUUCAGGUCGCAUUGUACGAGGAUGAAUUGGAGCACAGUGUGUCAGGUUCGCUCCCUUUUCUGGACACUGUUGCCCAAGUGCCCUUACAGCGUGAAUCUAAGCAGGACUUGGAGAAUUUGGCUCGUCGACAGAAUUGGCUGGAGCCUCCACCGACAGCUGAGCAUCCUUUGGAGUAUGCAUCCCAGGUUCCCCUGUAUCUAAACUUCAACGGUGCCUGUACGAUUUCGUGUCUUCUAUCCACUGUCAUUCUGAGUCGCGCCGGUUACAACUUUAACGAUAUUAGUAUCGUGUUCUACACAAUUUUACCUCUGGUCCUCUGA